CCCAUUUCUAUCUCUUACACCGGAAUCUGGUCAUUGGGAUCGCAGAUACGCCGCAUCUGCUAAUAUACGCCUUAUCCAUUUAUGGGCCUUCUCGACCAGUUGUGGGACGAUACCGUCGCCGGCCCUCGGCCGGAGAACGGUCUCGGAAAACUUCGCAAGCAUAACUCGCUCGCUGCCCGAACCAGCUCCGGCAAGGAAUUGGAGGCUGCAAGUGUGAGAUCGUUCGGUGAGGAAUCGUCGGAGCCAGCGACGAGAGUAACGCGUAGUAUCAUGAUCGUGAGACCGCCAGGUUAUCAAAGUGGAUCGCCUCCGCCUUCUCCCGCCGGUUCAACUACUCCGGUGUCUCCGUUUUCCGGUAAGGAACUAGAGAAUCAUUUCGGUUUCGACGAAGGUCGACAUCGGAUGCGUUCGAGAAGAAAAACCAAGACAGAUCAGGCCCUUCUUCUCCUUUCGAUGUGUGAGAAAUGAGCUUUCAUAUUUUCUUGUCUCCGGAAGUAGAGGAUGUUACCUUUUGGCCUUAGCUGUAAUAAUUUUUGUUUUAUUUUGUUUAUUUGUGUGUAUGGGUUGAGUUGAAUUGAAGUUUUGUGCUGCAGUUCACGUUAGUGAUAUAUAGCUCUUUUAAGUUUGAAAGGAAGUCCAAAGGGUAGGGUAAUAUGUAUCUAUGUGUAGUGUAUAUAGCUCUUUUAAAUUACUAUGUUUUGUUGUUUUUUCAUGUAUGUAAGUUUUCUCCUCCGGAAUAAUAAUCUAUAUUCAAUUUCUUGGUAA